AUGUUAUGGAUCACCCUUGGCCAUACGGUGAUCGUAACCGGAUUCUAUGUCAUUAUGGCCGGCAAGCCGGAGACCGACGGUCCUCCCGGUGCCAUUGCCAUCGGCCGGGCGCUACAGGCGCUGGGCCGGAAAGUAACUUACGUCACCGACUCCUAUACUGCCCCGGUGCUGCAGCAGUGGGCAGGGGAAGCAGACGUUGUCGAAUUUCCCAUAUCCGGUAUCGAGGAGAGCAAGCGCCACGCCGCGCAGUUGCUCCAGGACCUCCAGCCUGCGUUGCUGAUCUCCAUCGAACGCUGCGGCCGAAGCCGGAACGACACCUACCUGAACAUGCGGGCCAGGGACAUUACCCCACAGACGGCCCGUCUGGACUACCUGUUCGAUGGUGGCAUCCCGUCCGUAGGUAUCGGUGACGGCGGAAAUGAGAUCGGCAUGGGGAAUCUGGUUGACGUCAUACCGUCGGUGGACAGCCUGCCCGACGAUCCUGCCAUCAGCCGCGUCGACCGGCUGGUAAUCGCAAGCGUGUCCAACUGGGGCGGCUAUGGCCUCGUCGCCGCCCUGUCCCAGAUCUGCGGAAGGAACAUAUUGCCCGUCGCCGACGAUGAGGCACAGAUGGUCCAAGGCAUGAUUGAUGCCGGCGCCGUGGACGGUACCACGGGAGACGCGGUGCCUACGGUGGACAACUUCAGCAUGGACGAGAACAGCGAGCUCCUGGCGCGGCUUCACAGCGUCGUCAGCACCGGAUAG